UGCAAGCUCUGCCCCUGCGCCAGUAUAAGCAGUGUCCCCGUCCUUGAGUAGUCAGCAGUUCGAUGGCAAGAGGAGGGUUGGAGGCGGCAGAUGGUCACAGCUAUGGCGGUAGCUUGACGGCCGCUGUCAUGGCCAUCUGCCUCAUGGCUGCUUCCUGUGGCCUCGUCUUCGGCUACCAUGUUGGUGUCGCAGGUGGUGUCACACAAAUGGAGUCAUUCUUGAAUAAGUUCUUCCCGGAAGUGGUGAGCGGGAUGAAGAGUGCAAAGCGUGAUGCCUAUUGCAUGUACGACAACCAGCUUCUUACAGCAUUCACGUCAUCGAUGUACAUUGGUAGCUCCCUGUCAUCAUUAGUGGCAAGCCGUGUGACAAUGGCAAGCCGUGUGACAAGAAGGGUUGGACGCCAAUCUGUCAUGCUCAUCGGUGGCGUCUUAUUCCUCUUCGGCUCUAUCAUCAACGCUGGGGCUGUUACUGUCAGCAUGCUCAUCAUGGGCCAGAUGCUACUAGGCUUCGGUGUUGGCUUCACUACGCAGGCUGCUCCACUCUAUCUCGCCGAAACAUCACCGCCAAGGUGGCGUGGAGCAUUCACAAUAGCCUACCACAUAUUCGUUUGUAUCGGCUCAGUGAUCGCGAACAUGGUGAACUAUCUAACAAACUCCAUGCCCUACUGGGGCUGGCGGAUCUCACUCGGUGUCGCUGCCAUACCAGCCAUCAUCAUCAUCGUGGGUGCCCUUUUGGUAACAGACAGCCCAAGCAGCCUAGUGCUACGUGGUGAGCCGGAUAAGGCUCGUGUGUCACUGCAGCACAUCCGUGGGUCAGAUGCUAACAUCGAAGCCGAGUUCAAGGACAUUGUUUGUGCAGUCGAAGAGGCAUGCCAGAACGAGCAAGGUGCGUUCAAGAGGCUAUGCAAUAAGAGGUACCGACCUUACGCGGUGAUGAUGGUGGCCAUACCUGUGUUCUUCCAGCUCACGGGCAUGAUCGUCGUCUUCGUCUUCGCGCCAGUGCUGUUCCGGACCGUAGGCUUCAGCAGCCAGAAGGCGAUUCUUGGUUCUGCCAUCGUUAACCUUGUGACCUUGUGCGCCGUCAUCACAUCCACCUUCGUCGUGGACAGAUAUGGCCGGAGGUCCUUGUUCCUCAUAGGUGGCAUCAGCAUGAUAAUUUUUCAGGUGGCCGUGUCAUGGAUACUUGCGGAGCACCUUGGGAAGCACAAUGCAGUGACGAUGGCGAGGAGCUAUGCGAUGGGCGUGUUGGUGCUCAUGUGCCUGUACACCUUCAGCUUGGGUCUGUCGUGGGAUUCACUCAAGUGGGUGAUUCUGAGCGAGAUCCACCCCGUUGAAACUAGGUCCGUGGGGCAGGCCAUCUCCAUGACCAUCGCGUUCGUCCUCUACUUUAUACAGGCACAGGUGUUCACGACCCUGCUCUGCAAUCUGAAAUUCGGGAUAUUCCUCUUCUUUGCCGGCUGGGUGCUGGCCAUGACGGCUUUCAUCGUGGUGCUCCUGCCGGAGACGAAAGGAGUGCCACUAGAGGCUAUGCGGGCAGUAUGGGCACGCCAUUGGUACUGGAAGAGGUUCUUCCUGCAGGAUAUCAACAAACACGACCUUAGUUCAACUGGUUAA